CACGCUGCCUUUUCCCUUUUCUCUACCGUUGCUUUGCUUCUUUUUUCCCACAGAAAUCAAACGAAAAAUCCCAAUUAAAAUUUGUGUGCUCAAAUUUUAUAAAUGAUGGAGUAUUUUAUGGGGGAUUAUGCUGAAUUUUCUUCGGUGGAUAAUAUUAAUCUCAACAGUAAUGGUAAUGGUGCUCAUUUUACUGUGGAUGAUUUGCUAGAUUUUUCCAAGGAGGAUGUGGCGAUGACCGACGCAUUUUUCGACAGCUUGGCUGGAAAUUCGGGCGAGUCCUCAGCUGUCACCGCCGUUGACAGCUGUAAUUCGUCGCUUUCUGACGGUGGCGAUGGCCUAUUAAAUGGACAUGUUAGUUGCCGCAGCUUCAUCGGCUCUCAAUUUUCCGGCCAUGAACUCUGCGUUCCAUGCGACGAUUUAGCGGAACUGGAAUGGCUUUCAAAGUUUGUGGAGGAAUCAUUCUCAAGCGACGAUGUUCACAACCUUCACUUCAUCCCCGCCGAACCUACCGCCGCCUCCUCAUCCUCCUCCGCCACCAAAAUUUCAGUCUCCCCAAUCAACCAUUCACCACCUCCGCCGCCUAUUUUCCCUUCCCAUGUCCCCGUCCCAGGCAAAGCCCGCAGCAAGCGCUCACGCGCUGCCCCAUGUGACUGGUCCUCCCGCCUUCUCCUCUCUUCGCCGCCUUCCUCCACCUCCAACAAUCACUACGGUAAUGCCACCAUCAACGCAAACCCCAACCACAAGCCCAUGAAAACGCCGCCGUCUAAAAAAAGGGGACCAACUGAAACCCCAGGCCGGAAAUGUCUGCAUUGCGCCUCAGAGAAAACUCCGCAGUGGAGAACCGGUCCAAUGGGCCCAAAAACUUUAUGCAACGCUUGUGGGGUCCGCUAUAAGUCCGGUCGGCUCGUACCAGAAUACCGACCAGCUGCUAGCCCGACUUUCGUAUCCACCAAGCAUUCAAAUUCCCACCGGAAAGUGGUGGAACUCCUGCGGCAAAAGGAGUUGCAGAUGCAGCUGCAGCAGCAACACCAGGGGCAGUUGCUUAGUCAAACAUCAAUUUUCAACAUAAACGGCUGUGAUGAUUUUCUCAUUCAUCGUCACAAUGGUGCUGACGGUCCUGAUUUCAAGCACGUGAUCUAGUGCAGUGGAUACUAAUUUUAUGGUUUUAAAGUAACCAGUCAUAACCCCAUUUUUCUAAUGCACUACUGCGGUUUGGAAAUUUGGAUUUUGGAGGAAAAGGAAUUUCCGUAGAGAAGUUACUACAGAUGGAGGGAGAAAAUGGUCAAUUCAAUUGUAGAAGUUGUAGGCUUUUUACAAUUGGCUAAUUAUAUUACUACAACAAUUUUUAUUUCUUGCAUUACAUUUUAAUUACACUUAAAGUUCUUAAUCUUUGUUCAUUAUAGUACUUAUGUCCCUAAUGGAUUUUCAUG